AUGAAUCAUCCAUAUUUUGCAUCAUUUAUUAAAGGUCAAAAAGAAGAAGAAUGGAGCUAUAUUCCUUCUUUUCUUAAAACUAAACCACCAAAACCAAAAGAUCAAAUUGAUGUACAAGCUGUUAUAUUUGAUGAAUAUCCUAAAGACGAUAAUGAAUUGAGAAAAUGUUGUAUUAUAUGUGAAAGUCAUGGUAUUAGAGUAUGGGAUUGUGAUGAUAUAACAAAAAAUGAAGAGGUAUUUUCAUAUCCAGUAGAAGAAAAUGUUAUUCCUUUGUUUUCACGUUUUAGACAUAUCUCACCGCCGAUGCUUUUUUUUGUAACAAGUAAUAAUCAAUUAGUUAGUGUAACUUUUAGACCAGAAGGACCAAUUGCAUCAUCAUUUUUUUCAUAUAACUAUUGUGACUUUGAAUUAGUUGAAGAUAUAUUGUUUGCAUUUACAUUAGAUGGGCAAUUACAUAUUUAUAACACAACUCAAAAUCCACCAUCAUUGAUUCUUCAAAUCUCAACCACAAAAUAUUUAAAAAAUACACAUCCAAUCGCUGUAAGCAGUGCUUAUUUUGCAUAUCCUACUUAUGACAUUCCACCUUCAUACAUUGAACCACCACAAAGCGCCGCAGCUAUAACCACGGAAACAAUAACAAGUUCAAUUAAUUGGAUUACUGAUGGAGUAAAAAAUAUUUAUGGAGCGCCAACUCAAACACAAGAAAUUAAUGAUGAUGACCAUAAAAAAGAAUUUGUAGUUGUUGCAGAUCAUAGAAAUAUUACUUCAAAAAAACAAAUAAAAAGGAUAUGCCAUUUUUGUGCUACAGCUUCACGAUUAAGAACAAUGAAAUUUGAUCCAAAAGGUGAAUUACUUGUUACUUGUGAUGAUAAAGGAUAUUUAGCAAAUGUAUUUAGAGUACAUCCAAAUGGUUAUCUUGAUCAUUUAUUUGUAUUAAAACGAGAUACACGUAUUAUUCCAUUUGAUGACAAUAAGUUUAAGAGAUAUACUAACUGUCAAAAUAAAUUUGCUAUUGGCUCAGAGGCAAUAGAAAAACAAAAAUUAUUACUUGAAGCUGCUAUGAAUGAAUGGGUUUCAGCGACGUCUAAUGUAUUUGAUAUUGAUUAUAUUGUUAAAGAUGAUCCAGAAGAUGGAGGAAGUGAAUGUGCUGAUGAGCCAAAUGAAAGAACAGAAACCCAAGAAUCUAUAGCGUGUAAAGAAGAAGGACAAGUUUGUGAACAACAGUCUAAUAAUGAUGACUCCAUAAUUGUUUAA